AUGCGCAUGCGCAUAGCCUCGGCGAUCAUUGGUUCCUGUGUAGGGAGAUCGGUCUGCGCAUGCGCACAGCCUCCAACUAGCCAUUUCUGCGAAGGUACGCUCCACCCUCCGCCGAGAGCGGGGAGAACGGCGCCUGCGUGCGGAGGUCCCGCCCCGCCCCUUGUAGUCUGCGAAUCCCGCGGCUCCGAGGCCGGGGUUGUCUGGGCGCCGGAGGUGGUGCCCUGGCAGGCGGGGGAGUUGCGGGAGGCCGGGGUGGGCGCGGAGGAGUGCGGCCCCUCAGAGGACGGCCGGGCAGAGUCCGGUCUGGAGGCGGCGGACGCCGCGGAGGAGAUGGAGGCCGGGAGGCCGCGGCCGGUGCUGCGCUCGGUGAACUCGCGCGAGCCGUCCCAGGUCAUCUUCUGCAACCGCAGCCCGCGCGUCGUGCUCCCCGUGUGGCUCAACUUCGACGGCGAGCCGCAGCCCUACCCCACGCUGCCGCCGGGCACGGGCCGCCGCAUGCACAGCUACCGAGGUCACCUUUGGCUCUUCCGAGAUGCUGGGACAUAUGAUGGGCUUCUGGUUAACCAAACUGAACUAUUUGUGCCAUCUCUCAAUGUUGAUGGACAGCCUAUUUUUGCCAACAUCACACUACCAGCUCUGGUCCCGCCAGCCGGACGGCGCCGCGCCGCCCAUGGCCGCUAGGGGGCAGUG